CAAUAAAUCCUCAACGAAAAAAAUAUGAACGAUCACAUAGAACUAUAUUUGUUAGUGAACAAGAUCAAUUUCUUUCAUUAUUACUUCAACAUACAACUAUUCCGCAUAAUUCUAAUAAAAAACAGUCCUUAUAUUGGUUACUAAACGUCGAAAACCUACCAAAAGAUGAAAAUAAUCAAGUUUGGGUUCCUCUUAUUCCAGGCGAAAGUACUAAUAGUAUAGUAGAUUCAGAAUCUGUAUCAGAUAUAAUUAAUCAACUUAUUAAUAAGGGAAAGCUUGGCUCUUCAGUUUUAGUUAGCACAAACAUUUAUCUCGAAUUAGUAUUGAAUCAGUCAUGCCCGAUGUGUGGUAAUAAAGAAAUUACAAGUCGCAAAUAUACAAUUAAAGUUAUUGGAUUGAAUAUACAUAUUACUGUUAUAUGCUCUAAUUGUGGGACGCAAAUGAACUAUAAUAAUGAGACUAAUUGCAUGGAUUUUUCGAAAGCAGUAGCAGCUGCAGGAUUAGUAGGGAGUAUGAAUCGAGAAGAAAUUAGAACAAUACUCUCAUUAAUUGGAUUAAUACAACAAAAUGGCAUAAAACAAUAUUUUCACAAUCAAGAUCUUUCUAUAGCUAAAUUGGUAGAAAUUGCCAAUAAAAAUGCUGAACAGAAUUUACAUACGAUAUUGAACCACGUUAACUGGAAACAGUUUGAACAACCUAUUAUGAAAUAUUAUUCCAAGUGCAUAUAUGCAGCAAUUACUCAUACUGCUAAUUCGGAUAUAAAAA